ACCGGUCUGGGGUCUGCAGCCACAGACAGGCCGCGGGCUGCCGGGCACUCAUGUCCCGCUCACCGCUCCUCACCGGGGGAGAGUCUCCCUCCCCGGGGGAGACCAUUGAGAAUGGCCCGGAGGAGCAGCAGGAGGAGGAGGAAGAGGAGGAAGAUCUGGACGACGAGCUGGACGCUUCUCAGCUGGAGAGGUUCAUGAGAGACCGGAGGAGAGCCAAGUCCCUGCCCGCGUACCCGGCCGCGCUCCUGGAGGAGGUCUCCGGGGGCAACGGGAGGAAGCGGGUGAAGUUCGCCGACUCCAUGGGUCUGAACCUGGCCAGCGUGAAGCACUUCAGCUCGCUGGAGGAGCCGCAGAUCCCCAGUAAAGUCCUGUCCCGGUACCGGAGCUUCCCUCCGCCGCAGCAGCAGCAGGAGCUGCUGAGCGACCUGUGCCAAAGCUUCAGGUCGAGCCUGAGCUCGGACCGACUGGUCGCCUGCUUCCCGGAGCCGCGGGACCCGGAGCGCAGAGUCCAGCGGCUCCGCGUCUGUCUGGAGAAGAUCACCAUCACUCAGUUCGACGUGCGCGGCCAGAUCCGGGUCUUAAACGGCUGCUCCGGCAGAGAGGUCGGGGUCCGGUACACCUUCAACGACUGGCUGUCCUGCGUGGACGCGCAGGCUCUGGCCGUGGCCGCUGAUGAGCCGGGCAUUGUGGGAGAGCGCUUCUCCUUCACCGUGUACACGCCGCCUUUCAUGGACCCCAGCUCUGCCGUGCACUUCGCCCUGUACCUGAGGAGCGAGGACGGGGAGUUCUGGGACAACAACGAGGGGCAGAACUACAGCCUCCGGUACCGCUGCCUGCCCGGGACCACGCCCUUUGUCAGCGCCGCUUUUCACGCUACCUGAGCGGUGUGUGCGCCGUGCGUAAAGACCUCUCCAUCCGUGCGUAAAGACCUCUCCAUCCGUGCGUAAAGACCUCUCCAUCCGUGCGUAAAGACCUCUCCAUCCACCCAAAGUGCUGCAAGAAACUCGUUGAUGUGCAGCUGCUGUUUCCACAUCACAUGUUGUGUGUUGUGUUGUUUUGUGAGUCUGUUGUCAUCGGUGUCUUUUCUAAACUUCAACUUUCUCCUCAAACCUCCGAACCAAAGCUCUGAAGAGCAACAACACAACUCGGACCAUCAGGACACAAACAACAAACUGAGUCUUCGCUGCGUUUGAAUUGUGCACGACCACAUCCAGGAGAAGUGAGUGUCAACGACCUGGUGGAUGUUCUGAGCGUCGGUGGACACUGAUUCACUCAACGACACAGUGAUCGCUGCUUCGUGGAUUCGUUUUUUAAAGUUUUAUGAUAAAAGAUAAUUAACGUGAAGUUUGGUCCAGUCGGAGAAAAUGCGGAGCUCAUCUUCAUCCUCCUCGUCAUCAGUUUAACCCAGUUUAAGAAGAAUCUGAGGUGAUUGUGUGUUUGCUCUGAACCUGCAGAAGAAUUCGACUCCACUCAUUUGACAGGUGAUUGUUAAUAAUGAGUAAAAACCAACUGUCUUUCUUCUCUGGAGCUUUCAACUGCAGUGAGUCUUCAUCAGUGGCGCAGGUGUGAUGUCAUGAUUCUCAGGUCAGAGGUCGACUGUAUUUUUCAUGUUUCUGAUGUGAUUGAAACGUGUGAGAUGAUAAAAACCUUGAUUAAGACUCAACUGUUUUCAAGACUGACACUCGAUGCAUCUUAAUCAGAUUAAAUCAUUUGAUUAAUAAAGUCAUUGAAUACUAAUGUAAUCAUAAAGUAUUUAUGUGUGAGUCACUCAUUAGGAAACGAUUCAGUGAUGUGAUAUAAACAUUGAGGAGACGAAGGUGAGAACAAACUGUCGCUGCUUGUUUUUGUGAAACUGAAAUAAAAGUUCAACGUCUCAAAUUCUA